CGCCGCGUCCUCCGGAUGGUGGCCGAGUACCGCCAACCCUUGGUGAAGAUCGAGGGCGCCAGCCUCAGCAUCACGCAGGUGGCCACCGGCGCUGGCGAGGCCCGGGUCAAGCUGGACGAGUCUGCCCGUAGUCGGGUCAAGGCAAGCAGCGACUGGAUCAUGAACAGCAUGAUGAACCGCACCGACAGCUACGGCGUCACCACCGGCUUCGACGCCAUGUCGCACAGGAGGACCAAGGAGGGCGGCGCUCUCCAGAGGGAGCUCAUCAGGUUCCUCAACGCCGGCGCCUUCGGCACCGGCACGGACGGCCACGUCCUCCCGGCCAAGGCGACGUGCGCGACCAUGCUCGUCCGCAUCAACACCCUCCUCCAGGGGUACUCUGGGAUCCGCUUCGAGAUCCUCGAGGCGAUCGUCAAGCUGCUCAACGCCAACGUCACGCCGUGCCUGCCGCUGCGCGGCACGGUCACUGCGUCCAGAGACCUUGUGCCGCUCUCCUACAUUGCCGACCUCGUCACUGGGCGUGAGAACUUUGUUGCGCUCGCCCCAGACGGCAGCAAGGUCAACGCCACCGAGGCAUUCAAGAUUGCCGGAAUCCAGGGCGGCUUCUUCGAGCUGCAGCCCAAGGAGGGUCUUGCGAUGGUGAACGGCACGACCUUGGGCUCUGGCCUCGCCUCCACUGUGCUCUUCGAGGCUAACAUCCUUGCCAUCCUCGCCGAGGUCCUGUCUGCCGUGUUCUGCGAGGUCAUGAACGGCAAGCCGGAGUACACCGACCACCUGACCCACAAGCUCAAGCACCACCCGGGACAGAUCGAGGCUGCUGCCAUCAUGGAGCACAUCUUGGAGGGCAGCUCCUUCAUGAAGCUUGCCAAGAAGCUUGGCGAGCUCGACCCCUUGAUGAAGCCCAAGCAGGACCGGUACGCGCUCCGCACGUCGCCGCAGUGGCUCAUUCGUUCAGUAUUUAGUAAUGUCAGCAAAUGCUGCGUAUGGAAGCCAUCAGAGGCCGCCGCCUCCUCCUCGUCGUCGUCGUCCUCGUCGUCUGAUGAUGAUGAUACACCUUCAACUGCAGCCCGUAGCACUAGAUCAAGUAAUCCUGUGUUGUCCUCAUGGUCCUCUGAUGAACCUCAACUGGAGCUGCCAAAAGAGAUACUUAAUAAAUUCCUGGACUACGGCUUUAAGGGCGCCGAGAUCGCCAUGGCGUCCUACUGCUACGAGCUGCAGUUCCUGGGGAACCCGGUCACCAACCACGUCCUGAAGUAUGUCUGA